AAAAAAAAAAUCAAAAUCCCUUUCUUGGAGAAGAAUGAAAGACCUCAACAUACAGAGAGGAGAGAGCUACCUUCUUGUGAUUCUUCACUACUAGAAAUCGCACAAAAAUAUUAAUAAAAAAAAUCAAUCUUUAGAGGAGAGAGAACGGAGGUAGAAGAAGAUGGGAUUGACGAAUUUUGUAGUGACAGUAGCAGCAGUUGGUGCUGUUAUUCUUCUUGCCAAAAGCGACGUUAGACAAUCUGCUGCUGUUUUCCGUCGCAAUGUUCGUCACAUUCGUAAUUGGCUUGAAGAAGAAUCAUCUGCUGCUUCCAAGUCUGCUGAGAAGGCAAAACCCAAAGAGCUGGAUAAAGAUAUUCAUAAAAAAGACAAGUAGUCGUUUUUGGCGAAUAGUUCAGGCUACGCACGGGUCAACAGAAAUAUUAUGAAGAGAGAUAAACAGUAGAUUUUGUCAUAUGUACAUGGAAGAGAUAAUUUUGUGCUUUAGCUCCCAUGAACAAGCUAAUUCUUACGAGGUUCUUAGGUUCAGCUUGCAGUCGACGUGAUGGAGAAGAGUAAUGUGGCUUACAUAAUUCUCAUUAUGCAGUCUUGUUCUUGUGUGAUGGAUAUGGUUUUGUAAAACAUUUUUUGUAGAUGGAGAUAAUAGUUGCAUUGUGUGAUCGCUUGAAUCAUUUUGUGAUCUUAAUAAAUUUGAUAUCUUAUAAAU